AUGUUGGGAUAUAAAUCUUUGCUGAGCGUUCUUUGCUCGCUUUCUGUCACCAGUGCCAUGAUUCCUAUCGAAAUAAUUGGAAAUCGGUUCAUCAAGCCAGCCGUGGACGCAAGAGACGCCGGCGAGGUUUUCUUCGUCACCGGAGUCGACUAUCAGCCAGGCGGAUCUUCAGGCUACCAGGACUCCAACCCCACCGACGUUCUUUCCGACGCAGAGGCCUGCUACAGAGACGCUUACGUCUUGCAGAACCUGGGCUCGAAAGUCAACGUUAUCAGAGUUUACACCGUGAACCCUGAGCUCAACCACGACGAGUGCAUGUCCAUCUUCAACUCUGCGGGCAUAUACGUCAUGAUCGAUGUCAACUCGCCGCUCUCGGGCGAGUCUCUGGACAGAUACAACCCAAGCCAAUCGUACACUUACUCCUACAUGGAGAGGGUGUUCAAGAUGGUUGACGCUUUCAAAAACUACCCUAACCUGCUCGGAUUCUUCAGUGGUAACGAGGUCAUCAACGACGCAAAGUCCGCUGGAGUCGAUCCAAAGUAUCUCCGUGCCGUUCAGAGAGACAUCAAGCAGUACAUCGAAAAUAACGCCAACAGAACCAUCCCUGUUGGCUACUCUGCCGCCGACGUUUUGGAAGAUGGACUCAGAGAGGUCACCUUGGAGUACAUGCUUUGCUCUAUCGACGGCGACGAGGACGAUCUUUCCAAGUCCGACUUCUUUGGUAUCAACUCUUACGAAUGGUGUUCUGGCGUGUCCGACUGGGCUUCUUCCGGCUACGGCGAGCUCAACAAAACCAUUUCGAACUCCACAAUCCCUGUGUUUUUCUCUGAGUACGGCUGCAUCACCAAAACCCCGCGAACUUUCGACGAAGUGAGCGAGGGUGUCUAUGGGGGACUGGUCAACACCUUAAGCGGUGGCCUGAUUUACGAGUACUCGACAGAAGCUAAUGACUACGGUCUGGUGGAAAUUGCAAGCAAUGGUUCUGUCACCAUCAAGAAAGACUACGACAACCUCAAGUCGCAGCUCGAGAACUCGACUAUUCCAACAAUCUACUCUGACGAGGUGUCGAAGGCCAGAAUCGUCACAUGUGACAAGGCUUAUUUGAAAUCGCUCUCCUCAGUCUUUGACGUCGACUUUGAUCUUCCUGACGCCCCAGACGGAGUUGAGGAUAUGAUUCUGUAUGGUGCCAACAACUCGAAUGUCGGUAAAAUCGUGGACAUCGACAUUAGAGCCUCGAAUUACACUAUUUUCGAUACCGAUGGCACGGAGAUCACUUCUGCGGUCAUUUCGGUGGCCUCUACAAACACCAUCAACAGUCAGACCGGCACGUCCGCAUCCGGCAGUGUUCACCAUCCUUCCACAACGUCGUCUGCGUCGUCGGCCUCUUCAGUGUCGCCAACGUCUUCGUCCUCCAGAGGACAGGGUAACCGCAAUGCCCAAUGUGCGGGUCUGCUCUCGGGCCUGACCGUUGCCCUUUUGGCCUUGUUGUAG